UUAAGACAUAUAAACAUCAAAAGUUCCUAAAAAUGUCAAGUUUGCAUGCCUUGUGCAUAGUACAUAGCAUAUGCAUUUGUUUUGCUCCGUACGAUGACGUUUCGUUUUUCUAUCAUGCUGUGCAGGAAAUGAAUCCCUCAGAUGCGUUCAAGGCCACUCAGGCCCAUUGGAGCCUCAACACAGCAAAUGGACAGGCAUCAACAUCUGCUUCCGCUGGAGCAGGCGCCGCAGAAACCACUGCUGAAAACAGCAACAGUGUUUCGCUGCUUGUUGGAAACGAUAUGAGCCGUAUGGCUACUGCGAUGGAGAGGAUUGCAGAGGCAAUGCCUACCUUAGUAGCAGAUCUACAAUCGAUCCAGCUGGGCAAUGCCGUCCCAUCUGCAAGUGAAGCAACGACCGAUGCAACCAUUCAUGCCGCUGGUACAGAAGCAACUGGUCUAUCAGCAGCCAAACCUGCCUCUGAAGGAGACAAAAUUGUUGGGGACCCGGACAGUGAUGGUGAGUGUAAUCUGAUUCUUCCUUUGGCAUAUUGUUAACACAUCACUAGUGGCUAAAGUGCUUUCCCAUGUGUCACGACAACUUUGAAAGGCAUUAGAAAUAAUUCAUCACAGUGGAAAUUUGUUUUAUGUGAGACACUCCUUUUUCAG